GCGUCCUCGGGGACGUGUCGGCUACAGACAGUCCUCUGCUCAUUUCUUAAACUCACUGCUCGAGGCCCUGGUGGUUCCCCUUCUUUCUUGCUCAGCAAAAAUCGCCAGGCAUGCUCCGGAUCGCCCGCACGCACCCGCUCCUGAGGACCCAGCGUAUAUACGCUCAGGUUCCAAGACACUUCUCGUCGUCCGCAAUCAUCAUGGCGACCGCCCAGAAGCACCUUAGCCAGGCCAUCCAGCAUGCCGCCGAUGAGGUCAUCGAGGGCAAGCUCUUAGACCACUUCCCCUGUUGUAGCAACAUGAACGUCAACGAGGUCAUCUCCAACCGUGCCAUCGAGAUGCUCGGCGGUGAGCUAGGCUCGAAGAAGCCCGUGCACCCCAACGACCAUGUCAACAUGAGCCAGAGUAGCAACGACACGUUCCCGACCGCGAUGCACAUUGCAGCUGUCGAUGCAACCCCGUUAACUCUCGGGCAGGAGUUUAGUGGUUACGUCCAGCAGGUCACCAACGGCAUGAGCGGUCUGAACACGAAGAAAGGCUUCGACGUGAAGGUCGCGGCUGAGAUCUCCAAGAUCACUGGCCUCCACUUUGAGACGGCACCGAACAAGUUCGAGGCACUCGCCGCGCACGACGCCCUCGUCGAGGCGCACGGUGCUUUGAACGUCAUUGCAUGCUCGCUCAUGAAGAUCGCUAACGAUAUCCGGUACCUCGGUUCCGGCCCUCGCUGCGGUCUGGGCGAACUCAGCCUGCCGGAGAACGAGCCUGGCAGCAGCAUCAUGCCGGGCAAGGUCAACCCCACUCAGUGUGAGGCCUUGACUAUGGUUGCUGCGCAGAUCAUCGGCAACCAGACCGCGGUCAGCGUUGCGGGUGCCAGCGGCCAGUUCGAGCUCAACGUGUUCAAGCCUGUCAUCAUCAAGAACGUGCUCCAAAGCAUCCGCUUGCUGUCUGACGGCUCGAGAUCGUUCACGAAGCACUGCGUAGUCGGCAUUGUGGCGAACGAGAAGCGCAUCGACACUCUCUUGAACGAGUCUCUCAUGUUGGCUACCAUCCUGAACAGCCAUCUCGGCUACGACAACGUUGCGAAGUGCGCCAAGAAGGCCCACAAGGAGGGCACAACGCUCAAGGAGGCGACUGUUGCUCUUGGCUUCUUGACUCCGGAGGAGUUUGACCAGAAAGUCCGUCCGGAGCUGAUGUUGGGCCCCGACGACCCAUAGAGACAGAUGGCUUGGUUACUGCAGCGUAUCUUGAGUCGCGUCUAUACUUACAUGUCUCCGUUCGUCCGUGUGAAUUCGAGAGAUGAAUGACAAGUCGUCAGCUCGCUGAGAACGA